UUGAAACAAAGUGUCGGCUUUUAAUUUUCCCUUAUUUUUCCUCUCUCUUCAAAUCGCAGAGCUUCUCGCAGCUCUCUCUCUAGAACCCUGCCUCUUUAUCUCUAUCUUUAUUGUUUAUAUGGCAUCUCAAGCCAGCCUCCUCCUUCAGAAACAGCUCAAAGAUCUUUGUAAGAACCCGGUUGAUGGGUUCUCAGCCGGAUUGGUUGAUGAGAAUAAUAUCUUUGAAUGGAGUGUUACAAUUAUUGGACCACCUGAUACUCUUUAUGAAGGGGGAUUUUUCAAUGCCAUUAUGAGCUUUCCCCCCAAUUAUCCAAACAGCCCUCCAACAGUGAAAUUUACAUCAGAGAUUUGGCAUCCUAAUGUUUAUCCCGAUGGGCGUGUUUGCAUAUCAAUUCUUCAUCCUCCAGGUGAUGAUCCAAAUGGCUAUGAGCUUGCAAGUGAGCGGUGGAUGCCAGUACAUACGGUUGAGAGUAUUGUUUUGAGUAUCAUAUCAAUGCUUUCCAGCCCUAACGACGAAUCUCCGGCGAAUGUUGAAGCUGCAAAGGAAUGGAGAGAGAGGAGAGAUGAAUUCAAGAGGAAGGUCAGCCGCUGCGUCAGACGGUCACAAGAAAUGUUGUGAUUUGUUGCUGGCGCUUCUUCUCUACAUAUGUACCCAGGGAAUGCCUUAAUUUAUUGUGUGGGGAGAUGUGGUUGAUACAACACUGCAGUGUUCUUGUAGAAUGCCAUCUGAAGUUCUCACACUUUACCCCUUUUUACUUUAUUUUCCCUUCUUGUGGUGAAGUAAUUGUAAUAACUGUCAAAAACGUUUAUGUAUUCAAAAGCGUUUUGGUUUUUUUAGUGUUUGUUGGCAAGCGUUCUUGUUGAGUCCCUCUAUCAUAAGGUCUUUUUUCUGGUGACUCUUCUUUGGAUGGACAUUUGUCUUUUGUUAGAUGCUUUGAUUUUGAUCUCUAUUAGUAGGUUUUACAAUCUACUUGUCGAUCAAACUCCAAAACAAUAGUAUUUUAUUUUUUCUUUUGCCA